AUGGCUUCAAACGACGCCGAUGCUGAGCAGGAAGAGCGUCUCAAAUCCUCCCUUUGGUACUCAAUCGGGCAGUUCAUCGAUGAAGAGUCCCUAGACCAGAACUUAAAUGCAACACCACAAUUCAUCGCUGCGUUGACAGAGCUCGUGUACACGCAGAUCUCAAAUACAUCUCGCGAUCUGGAAACAUUCGCCAAACAUGCUGGUCGACGAGUGAUCCAGACGGAAGACGUGAUGCUCUUGUCAAGGCGGAACGAAGGCCUAGAGACGGUGCUAAAGCAGAAGCUGGAUGAGAUCAAGGCUUCAGAGAGUCGCACAGUAGCCCAGAAGAAGCCUCGAGGGCGGCCGUCAGGCGCCACUGUAACGAAAGGGAAGGGGAAGAAAUCAUCUUAAAUU